AGCUUCUUAGCAAAUGAAUAUACUGAAAUGUGGAUAUAGUUCAUGAAAUUGCUAAAGUAAUAACCUUCAUGAUGGCACGUGCAGCCGUAGUCCGAUCCCCGACAACAGACCGCCUUCAUUCCUUGAAUCCCAAGAUAAAAUUUGAUCGAAUUUCAGGAAAGCCGAAAAACUUUACUCACUCGUCAUGGAAGCGGACGAACAAUUCUCCCACCUUAUGGGAGUCGAGAAAUUCUACCCACACGCCAAGGGAGUCCCACGUCUCGGGGAAACCGAAAAGCUAUACCCUCACGUCAAGGGAGCCAACAAACAGUCCUCAAACGUUAUGGGAACCGAGAAACUCUGCCCACCCACAAUGGGAGUCCCACACCUCAGGAAAACCAAGUUAUACCCUCACAUCAUGGGAGCCGAGUAGCUUCACAUCAACGCCAGGGAAGCCACAAAAUUCUACUCACUUGUCAGUGAAGCCAAGGAGUGUCCCUGACAUAAUUCCCCUUAAAACCCCAACGAAGGAAAGAGACCAACAGAAGGUAGACAGUGCUAGCAUUCAGGAAGUUAGACAUCCAUCUAAGAGAAGAAAUAGUCGUGACAAUUCUGAAAUGCACCAAGAAGAACACAUACACCAAGAAAAGAAUGCAGACCAAACACAGAAAGCAAAAGCUAGACUGCAUGUUAUGUUUGAAAAGGAAUAUCAUAAUAGAUGUAUUGAGGAGUCCAUAGGAAUACCAGCUACAGUUAAAGCAAAAGGUCUAGGGAAGAGGAGGAAAUUGUCUUUGGGUAAGCAUUCCUAUCUGACAUGCUAUACAUGUGGAAAGUCUGUGAUAGAUGUACACUUUGAGGAGCAUUUAUUUUUUGGGGAGAGUGAGUGCACUCAGUGUAAUUGGAAGAUAUCCAGCUGUGAAGCCUUCAAGGAAAAUAAGAUGGAUCAAAUGAAUGGUAACUCAACAUGUCCACAUAAUUUAAGAUAUUGUAUGACACCUUCAGAGUAUAUUUCAAAAAAAAUAUCACAAGAAUCACCUCAUGAAUUGGACAGAAGUAAAUUCACUUCAUAUAUAUGCUCUCUUAAAAGGUUAAAAGUGUCUGAUCCAUGGAGAAAAGCCAUUGAUCAGUGUCAGAAUUUUCUGGAUAGAGAGACCUCUCAAGCAAGUGAAACAAAUGAAGAGCAAUUAAAUAC